AUGGCGUCACCUCAGUCAGAACGCGCCACCUCGGAUCAGAAGCCCACCGAGUCUACACCCGCCAAGGAGGACAGCAAGCCCGAGACUAACGGUCACGCUUCGCCUGCCGAGCAGACUGACGAUAAGGCUGAGAAGCCCGCGAAGUCGCCUAUCGUUAAUGGCGACGGAAAACAAGAUGCGAUCAAGGCGUCGGAUGAUGCGGACAUGAGUGUGUCAAAGGACAAGGACGCCGAAACAGACGCGCUUGCCAAGGAGUCAUCUAAGGAUGCUGACAAGUCGUCCGAGAAACCCAAGUCUGCAGAGCCCGAGGAGCCGUCGAAGGUGCAAAGCAAACCGGCAAGUCCUGCUCCUGCUGAGCCAUCCAAGGAUGUCGACAUGCCUGAUGCACCCGAGGCAAAGUCGGAAAAGGAGUCAAAUGAGAAGACACACGACAAGACGGAUGAGAAGUCGGUUGAAAAGACAGCCGAGGCCUCUGAGCCUGCCAAGAGCGCAACGGAGCCCAAGGACGUCGACAUGACUCAAGAAGAGGAGAAGGUGAAUGGAACCAAGAAGGCGGAGUCAUCGCCCACUACGUCGGCUACGACGGCAAAAGAGGUAGAUCUUCAACCAGCAAGCUUGUCGCAACUGGCUAUUGACAGUGACAAGGACAAAUCUUCGAAGCCUGCCGAUACCGAUGUGCCCAUGACCGAGGCUCCGUCAGCAGCAAGCAAGGUCUCCCGCGAAAGAGAGGACGACGCCGACGUUGAGCCUGCGCCCAAACGCGCAAAGACAGAUUCAAACGACGAGGCUUCGGCUCUGGAAGUCAUCGAAUCCACGGUGGAAGUGAAGCCUCAAGGCGCACAGGACGAUCUGGCCAAGGGCGAUGCGGCUCUCGAUGACCUCCCCCUCUGGAACGACCCUGAGCGUGAUCCCAAACCCCUCACGUCUCAUCAAACACGAGAGUUUCGCAAGGUGUUGGCCGGAGUGAAGAAGACCAAGCACGGCGCCCACUUCAAGGACGCCGUGGUCAAGAUGUGGCCCAGUCUCGCAGACAGCUAUGUCAUGCGCGUUAACAACCCCAUGGACAUUGGCGAGCUUGAGCGCAACCUGCGCGACAACAAAUACAGCACUUUGCGUCAGUUCAAGGAUGAUUUGGGCAAGAUUUACAAGAACUCGGUCAUUUUCAACGGCAUUAACAACGAGAUCACGUUUGCUGCGCUCAGCGUUGUGAAGCUCGCUUGGACACGAGUCUGCGAUGUGCCUUCCGCCGAACCCGCAAAAUCGAAGCCAGUACCCAAGCCUUCGCGCCACUCCGAGUCACGAACAUCCGCCCCUCCGCCUCCGGUCCGUAGACAGCCAAGCAUUCCAGCUGCAAGCCCUCCCGCAAAGGCCGAGGCCGAGGCCUACGCCGUUCCUCCUGGAGGCGUGCCGCAGGUUCGCCGCGCCUCAACACAGAACGACUUGGACCGACCCAAGCGCGCUAUCCAGCCCACCAAGAACCGCGACCCAGACUAUUCCGCAAAGAACUUCAACAAGAAGAAGCUGCCAAUUGAGCUCCAGUUUGCCUUCGAAGUUCUCAGCGAGUUGAUGGACCCUAAGAACGCCCAUUGCAACUUCGCAUUCCUUGCCCCGGUUGAUCCAGUGGCUCUCGCAAUCCCGACGUAUUUCACCAUCAUCAAGCGACCCAUGGACUUGGGUACGAUUAUGACUAAACUCAAGAACUAUGACUACCAGAACAUCAAGGAAUUCCAGACGGACAUCAAGCAGGUCUUCAAGAACUGCUACAAGUUCAAUCAACCAGGCCAGCCGACGGCCGACAUCGCUGGUGAUACCAUGAUCGACCUCUCGCAGUCUCUGAUCAGUACCAUUCGGUCGCGUAUCUUGCAGGAGAAGCAGAACCUCGUGGCUCAGAAGCCAGCCAAGGCGGCAAAGGCGAAGCCGCCAAAGCCGACUAAACAAAAGGCCAGCAGCGCUCCUAGCAAGAAGGCUGCCGCAGCCGCAGCGCCGAAGAAGAGCGGAGGCGGUGUGUCCAAGAAGCCAAAGCAGCGCAACAUGACACAGCCUGAAAAGGAUGCAAUCGCGAAUGCUAUUAACGAUCUUGAGAGUCCACACAUUGAACGCGCAAUCGACAUUAUUAAGAAGGACACUGGUCAAUCGGAGAACAGCAGUGGUGAACUUGAACUCGAGAUCGAUCAACUCACCAAUGAGGCGCUCCACAAGCUGUGGGAUCUUUGCAAGAAGGCUUUGCCUACAUUCGCCAACGGCCUCCCAACUGCGCCAGCUCGCGAGCCAUCGCCUGUAAACAACGCUCCCUCCAAGUCGUCUGGCAAGUCCGCCAAGCCUAAGAAAAACAAGCCCAUGAAUGCCCAAGAACAAGAAGCCCGCAUCGCUGAGCUCGAGAGGCUUCGCAAUAUGUACGAUGGGAACCCACAGGGUGAUCAAGAGCGCCCUGGCAGUUCCGGUCGUGCGAAUGAAGCUCCUGUCCAUGACAAUGAUAGCGAGUCUUCUGACGACUCGGAAGAGGAGUAA